AUGAAUUCGUUUGUUCCCCUACUGCGAAAAUGCACCAACCUGAAAUCUAUUCUCGAUGGAAAAGCUGUUCAUGCUCGAGUUAUCAUAUCUGGAUCCCUUCCAGAUGUUUUCACCAGCAAUCACUUGCUGGUAAUGUACUUCAAGUUGAACCAGGUGGACGAUGCUUUGAAGGUAUUUGAUACAAUGCCCAAACGAAAUAGUAUUACAUGGACCACGCUAGUUUCCUCGUUAUCCCAUAUGGGUCACUCAGGGAAGGCCUUAGAUUGCUUUAGGGCGAUGGUUCUUGAGGGGUUCUCUCCAAAUAAUUAUAGCUAUGUCGGAGCUAUAUCUGCUUCCACUGAUAUAGGAGCUGUUAGAGUCGGAAAGGAAUUGCAUGGAAGGAUAUAUAGGGCUGAAGAGAGUUUGAAUAGCUUUGUAAUUAACUCUUUGGUUAGUUUCUAUGGCAAAUGUGCUCUGUUGAGGUCGGCUAGGAUUGUGUUUGAGGCUAUGUUGGAGCCUGAUUUGGUGUCUUUGGCUUCACUUAUUUCUUGUUACUUCCAAUGUGGGGAGGAUGAAGAAGGAUUGAGCUUGUUCUUGAAGUAUUUGAGGACAGGAUUGAAGGUUAAUGAGUUCACUUUUGCCAGUGUUCUGGGAGCUUGUGCUAGAUUGGAGAGUUUGGCACUUGGAAUGGGGGUACACUGCCUUGCUGCUAAAUCAGGUCUUAUUGUGGAUCAGUUUGUUGUGACCGGGUUGGUGAAUCUUUAUGCCAAGUGUGGGCUGCUGGAUGUUGCAUGGCAGGCUUUUCUGGAAGCUGAUGAGCCACAUUUAUCAGCAUGGACCGCCUUGAUGGGAGGUUGUCUGCAACAGGGAAAGAAAAGGGAAGCUUUUGAACUCUUUUAUAAGCUGCUUUAUUUGGGUGUGAAACCAAGUAAGGAGACAUACGCCACUGUAUUUGGAGCAAUUGCUGAUGAAAUGGACAUUCAAGUAGGGGAACAACUCUAUUGUACUAUCUUGAAAUCGGGAUUUGAUUCAUCCACUUUGAUCUGCAAUACAAUUUUGGCAUUUUACAUGAAAAGAGGAUGUCAUGAUGAAUCUUUGAGAAUUUUCCAACAAAUAGAGGAACACGAUGUUGUUACUUGGAACACCAUGAUUACUGGUUCUGUACAGUCUGGUCACUUUGAGGAAGCUAUCGGAUUCCUGCGCGACUUGUUAGCCGAGGGGUUAAACCCCGAUGAUGGACUAAGCCAUUAUAACUCCAUGAUUAGGGAUUACAACAUUUCGCCAAGUGCAGAUCACCUGGCAUGUAUGGUCACUCUAUUUGCACGCAAUGGCCGGGCAAAAGAAGCAUUCGAAUUUCUCCAAAGUUUUCCUGGAGAGCCAGACAGAGUCGUCUGGCGCUGUCUUUUAUCAGGUUGUAAGACUAGUGAAGAUGUAGAUUUAGGAAGGGUUGCAGCUGAAAAGAUCUUGCGUAUUGAUCCUGAUGAUACUUCAGCCCAUAUCAUGUUAUCAAAUGUUUAUGCAGACUUGAGGAUGUGGGAUGAAUUAGCUUCUAUUAGGAAACUCAUGAAGGAGAAAGAACUGAAGAAAGACACUGGAAUCAGCUGGACAGAGUUGCAGAACAAGAUAGUUUCAUUUCCUGCGAGUCACAAUAUGGAUCUUGAGCAAAAUGGUGUGCAUGAAGUUCUGAAUGGAUUGACUGCCCACCUCUUUGAUGAGAAAAAUGUUCCUGAAAUCAUGUAG